AGUGCGUAGAUCUGCGUUGGGCGGGCAGCAGUCUCUUGUCUUCCCUGCCAAAGGAGAGUGAGGGAGGAAGACGAGGAAAUGGCUUCUGGGCGUCUGACAGCUGGGUCCCAGAAAGCACUGACCUUCCAAGACGUGGCUGUGGAGUUCACCCCGGAGGAAUGGGGUCUGCUGGAGCCAGCUCAGAAGGACAUGCACAGGGAUGUGAUGCUGGAGAACUAUGAGAACUUUGUCUCCCUUGGCCUUCCAGUUCCCAAACCAGCUCUAAUCUUCCAUUUGGAGAGAAGAGAAACACCAUGGCUACCAGCAGGAGAAGUCCUAAGAAGUACCUACCCAGAUUUCCUUAUACAGAACACACAUUGGGGAACCACAGAUUCAGCUCCAAGGCAGCAUAUUUCUAUGGAAGACUCAUCCAAGGAAAGACUCAAAAAGGAAGGUCCCUGGGAUUCAAAAUUGGAAGAAGCUUGGGAUUGUGAUGUUAGGUUAGACAGGCAGAACAACAACCAAGAGAGACCAUCCAGACAAUUAAGAGUCAUUCACAGGAAUACUUUUAAUGGGUUAAAUACUAAUGAAUAUAACACAUAUGAAAAAAAGGUCAAUCUAGGAUCAAACCUCAUUCCACAACAGAAAGUUACUGUAGGAAAAUGUCUACAUAAAUAUGAUACACUUGGAAACAGUGUCAGACCGUGUUCAGACUUAAUUAAGCAAAAUAGAAUUUCCAUGGGGAAGAAACUUCCUAGGUAUAAUAAUUUCAGGAAACCUUUUAUUUACCAUUCAAACCUUAUUCAUUACCAUAGACUACAUACACGAGGAAAAGACCCUAGGCAUAAUCAGAGUAGCAAAAAUUUCAGCAUCAACUCAUCAUGCCCUACAGUACAUCAAAAAAUAAAUACAGAAGAAACCCCUUACAAAUGUAAUGAAUGUGGGAAAGCCUUCAAGCAGAAGAAAUACCUAAAAACACACAAGAUAAUUCAUAUUGGAGAGAAAUCCUUUGGAUGUAAAGAAUGUGGGAGAGCCUUUAGCAAUAAUCACAGCCUCUCUCAACAUCAAAUAAUUCAUACUGGAAAGAAACCAUUUGAAUGUAAUGAAUGUGGCAAAGCUUUCAGUAGCAAACGAUACCUAAUUGAACAUCAAACAGCUCAUACAGGAGAGAAACCUUACAAAUGUAAUGAGUGCGAAAAAGCCUUCAGCUGGCAUGCAAGCCUCUAUGUACAUAAGAGGGUUCAUACUGGAGAGAAGCCCUUUGAAUGUAAGGAAUGUGGAAAAGCCUUCAGCAAGAAGGUAUAUCUUAUUAGACAUAAGGUAAUUCAUACUGGAGAGAAGCCCUUUGAAUGUAAUGAAUGUGGGAAAGCUUUUAGGCACUACUCUUCCCUUAUGCAACAUCAGAAAAUUCAUACAGGGGAAAAACCCCAUAAAUGUAACGAAUGUGAGAGAGCCUUCAGACAAAAAGCACACCUUGAAAUUCAUAAGAGAAUUCAUAAUGGAGAAAAGCCCUUUAAAUGUAAUGAAUGUGGGAAAGCCUUCAGGAACAAGGUAUACCUUAAUACACAUCAAGUAAUUCAUACUGGAGAGAAACCCUACAAAUGUAAUGAGUGUGGGCGAGCCUUCAGGCGGAAGGCACACCUGGAAACACAUAAGAUAAUUCAUACAGGAGAGAAGCCCUUUGGAUGCAAUGAAUGUGGGAAAGCUUUCAGCAGUAAUCACCACCUAAAUCAACAUCAAACAAUUCAUACUGGAGAGAAACCUUAUAAAUGUAAUGAAUGUGGGAAAGCCUUUAGCAGUAAUCACUACCUAACUCAACAUCAAACAAUUCAUACUGGAGAGAAACCUUAUAAAUGUAAUGAAUGUGCAAAAGCCUUCAGCACAAUUGCCCGCCUUCAAACACAUAAACUAGUUCACCCUGGAGAGAAACAUUUUGAAUGCAAUGAAUGUGGGAAAGGCUUCAGGUACAGAUCAGGCCUUAUACGACAUCAAAGGACUCAUACAGAAGAGAAACCCUAUAAAUGUAAUGAAUGUGGGAAAGUUUUCAAGAGGAGCUCAUCUCUUAUGCAACAUGAGAUAAUUCACACUGGAGAGAAGCCCUAUAAAUGUGAUGGGUGUGGGAAAGCCUUUAGCCGGAAGGGAAACCUUGAAAUACAUAGGAGAAUCCAUACUGGGGAGAAACCUUACAUAUGUAGUGAAUGUGGGAGAGCCUUUAGGCAUAAAGGAAGCUUUAAUGCACAUAAGAAAAUGUAUACUGGAAAGAAACACUUUCAGUGUAAUGAAAGUGGAACAGCCUAGACAAAGAUCAAAUUGCUGUACAUAACAGAAUUCACAGACCAUAAAUGCCCAUUAAAUAUAUGGAACUUGAGGAAAAUUUGCAUUGCAAAGCAAUCAUGGAAUUCAUAUUAAAGAGAAACCCAAUAAAUGUGGCUUGGCCUUUAGCUAGAAGGGAAAUUUUACUGAAAACUAAUGCCUGAGAGAAGUAUUUUUAGUGUCAUGAAUGUGAGAAAGCUUCCAAAUGAUGUAGAAACCUUAAGGAAUAUUAGAAUUCAUGCUGAAAAAAAACUUUAUAAAUGUAAGAAAUUUGGAAUGCCUUUAGGGAAAAAGCAAAGCUUCAUAUUGAAGGGAGACACUUUCAAUGCAGCGAACGUGCAAGCCUUCAAAUAAAAUAGAAACAUUACAUACCGUAAGAAAGUGCGUUCUAGAGAGAAGCUCUUCUUGAAUGUAAUGAAUGUGAGAAUACUUUCAGGCUUAGGCAAAUCUUUAUUACACAUUAGAAAAUUCUUACUAUAGAAAAUGUGUUUAUUUUAUUUUGAUUGUUAGUAUUUAGUGUGUUUGGGAAAGCCUUCUAGAGGGAGCCGCUUAUAUUAUCCCCUUAAAUGUCAUUAAUAUACUUUGGAGCUCAUCAAAGACUACUUACUGCAGAUUUUUUGCGCAGUUGUGGUUUUUGGAUAAAAGCUUCAAUAAAUUUCACCAAAUUUCAGGAUUGUAAGUAUUCUUAGGAGCUCAUAUAAUCCAACCUAUGCUUGGAAAAGAAUCCCUUCUACAAUAUUGCCAAAUGGUAACCCGGCCUUUGAAAGUCUCCAAUUAGGGUGAUAUCCCUUAUCUUUGUCUGCCAUGGAGACCUUAGAGUAUCUGUUGUGCAGUUCCAACACUAGAGACACUAGUGGUCCUGGAGAGUGCUUGAGGGCCAUUUGAGCUUGUGGCAAGAUCUGGAAGAAUCCUUAGUGGUCAUCUGGUUCAACCUGAUUCACCUUAGUUUUCUUUUAUCUGAUCCUCUACACAUAACUUUAAAUUUUAUAAAACAGUGCAUUAUUUCAACCCAACAAAUGUUAAGCAUCUAUAUGCAUUUUGCUAUUUAUCACUGGAAAGAAA